CAACAGGAAGGGCUUUUACAUAGUUGAGCCUCUGCAAAUCUCAGACCGUUCCAAUUUGUGCUCGCUGUGAAGCCCAAAUCUCGUAGUACAAAUCCAAUUCCACGUCCUUAUCAAAUACGCUGAACUUGGCCCGGCCUGGCCCGGCUCGAAAAGACGCUCUCAUCGGAUAGAAAUCAUAGAAUCAUCAGGCUUAUCAAAAUGACUACUAUUUCCACAGAUCCGUCUUCCUCCCUGCCGGCACCAUUUGUCCGUGUCUUCCUUUUUCUCCCCUUUCGUCAGCACUCACUUGAAAAGUUACACUUUCUCGGCAGAUUUUAGCUUCUAGCCCUUUAUUUCUUUCGGUGCAUUUUAGCUCCUUGCAACCCUUUUACUCUCACCAACCUCUUUAUAUACCAGCAUUUUCCUGCCUACAUGCCCAAGCCCUAGAUCUUUCUCCAUAGUCCUUGAAAGCCCUUUACUUUCUGCAGAAAAUAGAGCAAAUUUUGGGCUGAGAAAUGGGUGUAACAACAAUGUCGGGUGUACUGGCGCUGCCAUUGUUGGUGAUGGUGGCGGUGGUGGGGAUAGAGAAUGGUGGUGGUGCGGUGGCGGUGGAGUUGUUUUCUAGUAAGCUAAUGCAUAGGUUUUCUGACGAGCUGAAGGCUGUUAGUGUUUCCAGAAGUGGGGGAGAGGUGGCCCGUUUUCCGAGGAAAUGGAGCUCCGAGUACUAUAGGAGGUUGCUCAGCAGUGAUUUGCAGCGGCAGAAGGUGAAGUUGGGGCCGCAGUUUGAUUAUCUGUUUCCUUCUCAAGGAAGCACUACUCUUUCCACCGGCGAUGACUACGGAUGGUUGCAUUACACCUGGAUAGAUAUAGGCACACCAAAUGUUUCCUUUCUUGUUGCACUUGAUACUGGAAGUGACCUACUUUGGGUUCCUUGUGAUUGCAUGCAAUGUGCUCCAUUAUCUGCAAGCUACUACAGCAAUCUGGGUAAGGAUUUAAGUGAGUACAAUCCCUCUGAUUCAAAUACAAGCAAGGUAGUGCCUUGCAGCCAUCAUUUAUGUGAAGGCGGUUCAAGUUGCAAAAGUCCAAAGGAUCCAUGUCCAUAUAGAGUUAACUAUGAUACAGCUGAUACAUCUACUUCUGGGCUACUUAUUGAAGACAUUUUGCAUCUCGCUUCAGGAGGCACUGCUGCAUCCAAAAAGUUUGUGCGAGCUCCAAUAAUGUUAGGAUGUGGUAGCAAGCAAAGUGGUAUCUACCUAAGUGGAGUUGCGCCUGAUGGUCUUAUGGGUCUCGGACUUGGAAAUAUUUCAGUGCCAAGUUUUCUUUCAAAAGCAGGGUUCAGUCGGAAUUCUUUCUCUCUCUGUUUGAAGGAGGACACGGGGAGAAUAUUUUUUGGCGAUCAGGGAAUACCUAGCCAACACACUACCCCCUUCCUACCUUUUGAUGACAUAAAUGCCUACAUAGUCGGAGUGGAGACUUCUUGUGUUGAAAGUUAUUGUCUUGAGAAGACAAACUUCAAAGCCCUGGUUGAUAGUGGGACAUCAUUUACUUUUCUCCCAGAUGCUGUCUAUCAAAAACUUGCUGGGGAGUUUGAUAGACAAAUAAAUGCUACAAAAUUCAGCUUCGAAGGAGAUCAAUGGCAGUAUUGCUAUAAGUUCAGUUCUGAAGAGUUGCCUAAGACACCUUCUCUAUCUCUGAAGUUUUCUGCAAACAACAGUUUUGUGGUCAUGAAUCCAGUAUUUGCGAUCUAUGGCAGCCAGGGUGCAGUUGGGUUUUGUUUAGCAAUACAACCGACAAAUGGAGAUAUUGGAACAAUUGGACAGAACUUCUUCAUCGGAUAUCGGAUGGUAUUUGAUAGAGAAAACAUGAAGCUUGGGUGGUCACAUUCUAAUUGUGAAGAUUUGACUGAUGAGAAGGGCAUGCCAAUGACACCAUCUGGCAGUGCCUCUCCCAAACCCUUGCCAACGACUCAACAGCAAAGCAAGCCCAACGGCCGAGCAGUUGCUCCUGCCGAGGCUGGAAGGGCACCCUCAAAGUCAACAGCUACAUCAGUGUUUCUGGUUCCGGGACAGUUCUACAUAUCAGAGAUGAUGUUAAUUUUUUGGCCAGCAGCAUAUAUAUUCCUAGCCUUCUACUGUUGAUUACAGCAUACCCUUGUAUAUCUAUCUAUCCAAUCUCAUAACCUUAUAUAUAAAUCUAGUUUAUAGCAGAUAUUUACACCUCUGCUGCGUCAUUUUCCCCCCUUUUUUUUGUCAGAUAGCAUGGGGAUUACAGGUAAAUGAAGUUUUGUUUCAUUUCCCUCCUUUUUGGUCAUCUCAUAGCUUUAGUUAUUGACAUAUGUAAUUAUUUUCUUCUAUAAGUAUAGUGCAUGUGAAGCUGCCAUUGUCCUUGUAAUCUUUUCGCUUGUGUUUUGCCUAUGGAGGUUAUGAAAAUGCAAUAAAUGACUCUUUGUCCUUUUGGAUA